GAUGGAGUGAGCAGAGCGAACGGUACGCGCCUCGCACUCCCGAUUCAUUAAUCUGCACAUUUAGCGUUAAACCAAUACCGGGCCUCGAUGUGGCAUGCGAGAUGCUCGGCAGUAAACGGUAACCCGCGAAUCAAUCAAUCGUCAAUUCGAAAAGUAUCAAGAAUAGAGUACGCUAAAUCUCAAACGGCUUGAAAGCUCGAAAGAACAAAAGAACCGUUUCAAAUAUAUCGUAAUCUACCUCGUCGCAAGAUUUGAAUGCAGAUAUUUCGUUUCGGAGUGACGCGCGCGGAAACGCGCAUCCGCAUCGAUCGGAUCGUCUCACUGCGACAGAAUCCCUUCUUUCUCCGCUGCUUUCUCUCGAGACCGAUCGGCAGAAAAUAGCAUGUAGCGUUGCCACAACGCAAACACCGCAAAACUUCAUCUUCAGAUUUGAUUCUCGCGACGAAAUCAGUUCACUCGCAAGAAAAAAGAAUUCGAAACGAUUAUAUUAGGUUAUAUAGGUAUACAUAAUAAAGUUUUAGUCUUUUUUUCCCAGUGCUCUGGUAUUAUCAUUUAAACUUGAAAUAAAUUCUCACUUUUUUUUACGUUUUUGAAGAGUUGCCAUCCAAGUUUAUAAAACGUCAUGUGUCACGAUAAGUUAAACAUAACUUUGAAAAACGAUAGUGACUGUGUGAUAUAUCAUGCAAAAAAUUUUGCAAAAAAUGAGUAAAUCUUUCAUAUCUAAUACAUGCUAUCUUUAUUCUUUAUAGAUGAAACGAAGAAGAGCUCGACCCAAUAUUGGACAUAAAAUCAUUUAAUCUUGUAAUUGCGUUGCGGCAGCAGUUUUGCGCUCGGUCAAUCUUUAGGACGCGUGCGUUUCCUCGGCAUUGCCUCGUGUAGAGGAACGAUAUAAAUAGCGUUAUCGUCAGCACUCACACCGCAGCCGAUAACAGCGGACGGUUUUGCCAUCCAUCGUUGGACGCGCGGUAACUUUUCGCAGGACGACCGUCGACAAGAGUUGAUUAUUUUUAGCGUCGCGUUCAUUAAGAAUAAUCUAGUCGCGAAUAAAAAGACGCAAGUGCAACAGAGAGAGAGAGAAACUUUUCUUUUUUCGAACUCGAUAAGUCGAUCAACCGAUCCGUUUUUAUCCAUUUGUGCCGUUAUUCCAGGAUAAUUCGGAAUAUGUUAUUCCGCAAAUUUUCUAUAAAGGACAAAAUUUCGAGAUUUGUCGAAAACGAUCAUUUAUUAUUCAGUCUGAUGUAAAUGUGUAAUAUAAUUAUCAAGUUUUAUGAGUAAUGAUUUGAUGAUUUCUUCUUAUUCAGUUCAGAUCAGUAACCACAGACGAAUAUCAGAAACGUCAUGAGAAUAACUUGAUCUAAGCUGAAUCUGAAGGUGCAUUCCCGAGAAAAGAGAAUUCCGAUAAUCGCCGUCUAUGUGGAAAUAAUUAAUCGCGUCUGUAAAAUCGUGCGGAUCGUGCGAUCGCGUCGCGAACGCGAAUAACCGAGAUUAUACGAUGGGGAGAGAGGAACGCCGCAAAAUAUCGUCUUUGGUAGCGCGGUGUCGAUCGAUACUAUCCUAUCUAUUAUUAGACGAGUAACGGCACACGGAUCGUUAUUAUUAUUAUGCGAAAUGUAUUUGUAGCCAGCUCACCAACGACAACGACGAAGCCAGUUCUAUUCCAGCCGCGAAAAUUAUGGCUUGUUAAGCCAGCUUGAAAAUACAGGUAGAAAGUAGCUCCUCCGGGACAAGAUAAAUAUUGUAAAAGGAUAGAUACAGAGAAAAGAACGCAAAAACUCAAUCGGCGAGCAAGGUGUCGUGACAGAAAAAUUCAAAAAUUCCGCUAAACCUCGCAAAAUCACUCGACCAUGUCGUCUCGAUAAUGAACCAUGCUCAAUUUCGAGACGUGGCAAGAUAAUUUCACUCCUUGUUCGAUCCCCCCUUUCCCUCUCUCUCUCUCCUCUCUCUUUGUGAUGUAGUCGACGCGCGAUUCCUGCAUUAAAUCAAUUAAUCGACAGAUUCCACACGUUUUCCUCCGUUUCUUCAUUUCCAACGAUUCCUUUCCAUAUUUACUCGUAAACGUGCGCGCGCGAAAAUGUCCCGCAAGGAAAUAAAUUGAGAACGCGACCAUAUGUAAAUUAUUCAACAGUAUAUUGACCGCCGCGUCGUGCAGACUACGACGCCAUAUUUUCUACUUAUACCCCGGAGGUAAAUAAUGCAAAUGUCAGGAUGGUCUCCAAACUUUCUUUCUUAUCUCGUUGGUGUAUUUAAAUCUUAAAAAUAAACGAUCUCGUCCCCGAAUGGUCGCAGCAAAGAUUCGGCCUGCAUCGAAAUUCUUAAUCAACCAUAAUCUUCAUCGGGCGGCUGUUGAAAAGGAAUGAGCUCAUUAAUUAUGCACGAGACAACCUAAUUCCAGAGCGUCACUAUUCCUCGUCGUCGAGUGACCGCACAAUGACGAAGUGGGGGAUGGAGAUCGAAUCAAACGGAAUCUUUGUAAUCAAUUUAAUUAAUCUCUCUCUUAAACGCCAUUUCGGUGUACCGAAUAUAAAAGUUGCAACGACAAACAUGGAUACGUGACGAAUUGUGUCAAUUAACAUGGUUUGCGAAUAUAACGUUUUAUUCUUUUCUUUCUCGUUUUUUUUCUAGUUUUAUCAUUUCCAGAAAAAUACAGUAAAAGAGAAUCAACGCCAUGUUACGCUAUUGACUAUGCAAAGAAAUAUCGAAGUACCAAAAAGUACGUUUAUAUGCAAGAGACGUUUUGCAAUGUCUCGUUCGGAAAAGUUGAUCUCUGCGAAUGUUUCGCGAUUGGCAGGUGUAUGCAAAACUUUUAAUCUUUUUUUCUACGCUUUGCUAUUAUUAUUUAAACUUGAAAUAAAAAUGUGUAAAACGUCACGUGUCAUGAUUUAACGAUAAACAUAACUUUGAAAAGAAAUAAUGAACGCGAUGCACAUGUUAUAUACCUAAAGCGAAAACAUGGAACAAGUGACUAAAAAACUUUUGCAUACACCUCUAAUAAAUUCAGUCCGAGAACAUCAAGAACGUUUAAUAUGGGACAGACAAUCAUAAAACGCGCGGCGAGUCGAAAAGAUGCGCCUUUGGAUCGCCAUUACAUGGUCGUUUGCACGUAUACUUGCGGGUGUAACGCGCAACGUAACCAGCGCCAAUAUGAGCGCAUGCAUAAUGCCAAGCAUAACCGAGUAGUUUAUUUAUAACGCGGCGCGGAAAUACACCCGGCUUGUGCCUUUAUUGUAAAACGUCGUUGUGUAACGACGUUGUGUAACGUAAUUGCACACGAUAAGUACGACGCAUGCACUUGCUUUGCUCCUCCCGUCCUCCGAGCUUCCCAAUGCUCGAGGAUCGUCGCGAUGUCUGGCAAAGUCUAGCAACGUCGGAAUUAGCGAAAGCAACAGGAAACGUCAAUUUUCGAUGUGUAAAGCGUCCAAGACGUCUCGUCUCCGUCUUCUUCUUGAAAUUGUGACGUGAGUCGUCUUUACGCGACCGAUGAGCACUAACUGAUUUAUGAUAAGUACGACGUGACAUUCCAAUUAAUUUCAUCGGAUUCAGUUGGCUCCCGACUUUCAUCGUAGUUGUAAAAUGAACGACGCGAGAUAUUCGCCCGACACAUUCGAUAAGAUACACAGUGAACAUAAUGGAAUGCAAAUGCAAAAUUGAUCCACUCGAUGCUGCGAGUACAUCUUGUUUAAAAGAUCACCCGAAUUUUUGCACAAAGCGGUGCGCGUGUGCGGAUUCAAUUUCCUUUUACUCAUACAAGAAGCCCCUCGAGCAGCCAAGUCGAGUAUUUACGAUACUGGGACGCGAAUGCCUUUAAUUAUAGAUCGUCGUCGAACGUUCUUUCCUUCUCCUCCUCCUCCUCCUGUCUCUCCCGAUACCCUGCACUCGAUCGUAUAGCGUGCAGUAUAGUGGGUGCAGUCCGGCACGCCAUAAAUUCAUGGCGACAAUCCUCUCUCUCUGUUGCUUUGGAUGACAGUACGCGACACCCUAUGUAUACUCGCGAGAUGCGUGAUUCACCGUAUCAUCGAUUGUUUUGUUAUUCCCGUCCCGCACUCGAUAAUCGACAUCGGCAAAAAAUGGCUACGUUUUUGAUAAGGAACUGUUUCUUGUUACGAUCGAGACGCAGCUUUCAUCGACAGCGAUUCGACAGAGUUUGCACGUGGAAGCGCGAAAAGAGGAUUCUGAAAAACUGUCUAAACGUGCUGCUGGCGGGCACAGGUGCCACCUGCGGAACGCUUUUGUAUCUCCUGAACCGAUCAGUCGAGGCCAUUGGCCCCGAUGUACAUCUGCCCAGUUAUCCCUGGGAAUUCGAAGGGUUUCUGACGUCCCUGGACCACUCGGCCGUGCGACGGGGCUGGCAAGUCUACAGAGCCGUGUGUUACACGUGUCACAGCCUGCGCUACAUGCGAUUCAUGGAUCUGAUCGACGUGUCGCACACGGAGGACGAGGUCAAGGCCAUUGCCGCUGAGUACGAGAUUCAAGAUGGACCGGACGAGGAAGGAAAUUACUACACGAGACCCGGAAGACCGUCCGAUUUAUUGCCACCACCUUACCCGAACGAGGAAGCGGCCAGAGCAGUAAACUUUGGCGCAUACCCACCGGAUCUCACCUAUAUCGUUUUUGCCAAGAGAAACGGUAGAAAUUACGUAUUUUCCUUGCUGACAGGGUGGACAAAGCCGCCAGCGGGGAUAUCUUUAACCGACCAGCAACAUUUCAAUGUCUACUUUCCGGGAAACGUAAUCGGGAUGCCACAGAUGUUAAUCGACGGAGCAGUGGAGUACAAUGACGGAACCCCGUCGACAACGUCGCAAAUGGCAAAGGACAUGGUGGAAUUUUUAAGUUGGACAUCCUCGCAGAAUUUCGAUCAACGGAAACAAAUGUUCAUCAAGGCGAUGGGAAUCUGCAUUGUACUGCUAAUAUCAGUCCUUUACUCCAUGAGGUACAAUUGGUCGCAUCUGCGAAGCAGACAAAUCGCAUACAUCCCUAAGGAAAAAUGUCGAGAAACGCCUGCGCGGUAGAUUUUUAAUAAAGAUGGUGCAAGGAAACGAGUGGUCCAGCGUGCAACGGCAUGGUUCAUCUGCUCGCGGAUAAUGCCCGCGAUCGUAUAACCGAUCAAACCUGUGUAUAGCCAAUCGUAAAAAUAAGAAGUAAAAAUAGGAAAAGACUCGUGUGAGUACAAGCCGCGCUUGCAAGCAACAAACGUCAACAUCUCUUAGACGAGACGAGUCGUUAACUCUGACCAGUAGUCGGUUAGCAAGUCCGCAUUUAUUUCGCGACACCUCACUGGAGCUAUCUUUAGGCCAGCGCGCGACGUUUGCUCGUUCUUUUUUUCUCUCCCUCUCUUUCUCGUCAACCGCCUCUCGAUCCGAUGAUCGACGACGGCGAAAUAGAACGUCGAAAAUAAUGUCGGCCAUUUCGACGGAGGCUAUAUAUAGGGGAUGAUGCGUCAGUGCAGCAACAAGUGAGGCCUGCGAGCGAAAAGGGGAACCGGGGACGGACGUUGGCAAGACAAAUCGAAAAUAUACGAAACGAUGAAUGAAACCUCCGCAUUGACGUCGCCAAGACGUGCCAGGCGAUGUCGAGAUUAUCCAACUCUGGGCGAGGCUGUCUCUGGAUGCACCGUUCGGAGGCGGGACGGAAGCGCGAGAUAUCUCGAAAUAUCGUCGAUCGCUUUGGGACCUGCUCGGAAUAUACCGGAGGAAGGAUCGACGCGGUAUGACGUCGACGCGUCGUUGGACACGGAAAACGAAACGCCAGAGAAAACUGGCGUAAUCUCAGCAAGAAUAACUUGUCGCGCGACGUAGAUGCGUUAACGUAGAAAACAUUUAUUGUUAUUGCAUAGAAAGUAGAAACACGCUGGAGAGUAAGCGUUUGAUUGAUCCAUCCAGCCAAACUCUCCGUGCCACCGAGCGAGAUUUAACAUAAAACUUUUUUUUAUAUACAAUGGUUUUUUGUACAUACAAUGCAAACGAUACGUUUCUGUCAUGGAUUGAUCGCGAUACACGUAUGGACGGACAGUGGGGAUAAUUUGGCACAAGCGGGUGAUUUAGUACGUGGCAUUUAUUUCGAGAAAUGAGACAUCUUUUUUCAAGUAAAAGCAAACACUGCGAGCGUCCAGAAAUUAAGUAUACGUAUCGACAUACGUAAAAAUGUUGGCAAAAAUGAUACGUCACGUGUAACUUUUAGGUGUUGUUGCGGUAAAACUUGUGUAUUUAAUUGCAUAAAUGUCGUGCAUUAAAUGUUUUACGUAUUAAUGUUUAGUGCACAUUAUAUACUAGAUUGCAUCAUCUUUUCUCCGCAUUAUGUACGAGUGAACAAGCGCACGAAUUACGUUGAAAUGGACGAGUGCAUACGAGUGCUUUUAGAUGAAAUUUUUGCAUCGACAUCAUAGAAACGCGUUCGCCGAACAUCGUUACCUAAAGAGACGCUUAUUUUGUGAAACUGCGCGGCACUUUGCGCGCUGCCAGACGCCCCCAACAAACUUCGAACCCGGAGAGACUUACGUCGAGCUCUCAGAAUAGUGAAUCCCGGUCGAAAAUAGCCUCGCACUUUCGGUAAUAUGGCCAUAUGGUCGCGACCGCGAUGAAAAUACGCUCGCGAAAUGUCGAGUGCCUAUACGCCACGCAUUUUAGCGUUACGAGCGGCCACUCGAUUCGAAGCAAAGUCCCCAAUGAAAAUAGUCGCUGGUGAAAAUAGAACGCGCGUAAAACUGAACGAAAAGUCGAGUAUUCGUAUCGAGUAUUUACUUGAGCUGGUGUUACGCUCGCGUAUUAUAAAACCAACGAAUUAUAAACCAUGCUUGGAAAAUGCUUGACACGCCUCGACUCCGCUUCCGAUAACGGAUAAAGCGUCGUCGUUAUCUGCAUAUUUAAUAUUUAUCAAUGUUUACAUCGGUUCGAGGGAGAUGUACAACAGUGCGGUCUGUUUCGAUGACUUGGCACAGCACCUUCGAUUAAUAAUAGUCGUAAACGUCUCCCGCGGCCGGAUAAACAAUAUACCUAUUUCUGUCAGCCGACAGCUCGAUCUGUGAGAGACCGUUCUCCCACACGAGAUACAUCUUCUCUCAUCUGGUUCAAAUUCGACGUUGCAAUAUUAGAAAAAGAAAAUUUCCGACUUGAUACCUGGAUGUGUCGUGGUUAAUUUCUCUUUCCAAGCAGCUACCUUAACCAUGUCCACGGAUCCAGGAGCCAGGACGUUCUCUCUUCAUUCAUGUGAAGAUAAGCCAGAAGAACUCUCGGACGGCCUUCCUCUAAUUUCGGAGAAAGAGAUGUACGAACGACACGCGAGAAGCGGAGGAACGGGCAACGGGGAAGAGCGUGAGCUGGCUUCGAGGAACACCAGUUUCUUACUCAACCAGUUCGGCUGCCAGUAUUUCAUUCAUAUUAUUAUCCUGGCUCGCUGAGACUUGCCUCGAGUUAUUUCGGUUUGUCCGUCGCGUCGGCCGCUUUAAAAAUGCAUAUUGUCGAUGAGCGCGAGCUAUCAUCCGCGAAUCGCCACGAUAUACGAAAUGAGUCACGUAUAAUUGGCUUACCUCGAUUUACUCGUCCAUUUCAGGAAUUGAAGGUGGAACGAUGAAGAACUUGCAAAAAGUUCCUAUAAAUAAUCUCACGCUCUCUCGUUGCCAAUACAAAUUGUUCGAAACAAACUUUAACAGAGUUAAUUUAACAAAUUGACGGAAAUAGGCCGAUGCCAUUAAUUAACGUGAUUAUCUAUUUGACGAAUGAAGCUCUCGGUGACUGGAAACUUAAUGUUUCUUGAGCGAUGCAACGACGCGAUUCAAUUGGAAUGAUCGAACGCGUGACAUAUCGCGUGACAUAUCGCGUGACAUAUCGCGAUUGUCCGCGAAGUAAGAAAAGAGCGUUGUCUGCCAAGAUCAACGUGAGGUGAGAUGCUCUUCACCAAAGUCAAGUUCGGCUAUCCUUUCAGGUUUCAGAGUAACGAGUGAGUUUUCUCUCGUCAAGGAGUCUCACCACUCAACGUUCGCGUACGUUUGUCACGAUGCUUAACAUUCGUCGUCACUUGAAUGUGCAAGAUACCAAUUUGCUGCAUCUGCUCGCGCGUGAAUGACAGAUAUUAUAGAAUAAUAGAACACAUCUCCAACGUUCUUGAUCGUUGGAAUUGAUGCGACCAUGCGGUAUCGGUAUAGUGGUCGCGAAAUAUGUAACGCGCAAUACGGCGUCAACUAAAAAUAGCAACGGCACUCGAUAUGUGCAAACUCACCUCGUCUCCGUUGCGCUUCAUUAGCCCGAGACCGGCUGCGUUAUUUAAUGUGUCCGCGUGCAUUACGGGAGAAUGACGGUGGUACUGAUUUUCGCAAAUGACACCGUAUCACACAUCUCGCGGUACCUUCUCGACGUACAGAUGAUGUCUCUCUCGCGUUACGUUACGUUUCUUAGAUAUAUUAUUAUGUUACGUAUAUACAAAAGUUUUACUCUUUCUUGCACGUUUUCGCUUUAGGUGCGUAAUAUAUGCAUCACGUUUACUAUUGUGUUUUGAAUCAUUGACGCAUGAUCUUUUACAACGCUUGGAAAAAAAACGUAAAAAAGCGAAAAUUUAUUUCAAAUUUAAAUAAUGAUACGAGAGCGCUGGGAAAAAAAGACUAAGACUUUUGCAUACACCUAAUAUUACGACGCCUAUUCGACGUGCCUUUGGAAAAAGUUACUAAAUCGUAUCCUGGAAAAGUGAGUUUGAAAAAAGCAAACUCGAGGAAUACAUCGCGCUGGAAUUGUGCCAUGCAAACUGAGCGCGUGCGACUGACGGACUUGACCAAAAAUUUACAAGCGCGCGCGCAGACACAUAGAAAGAUGGAUAUAUUCCAAUGAUUGAGAUGCAUCGUCCAUCUUUGCGUUCAUCUCGAGGCACGGCGAUGUUACGCGCGUCGUUGCGUCCCAUUACGCCGUGCAUAGGUCAUCGCAGCGCGCGCGGCAAAAGUGCACGCUCUAUUAAUAUAGUGUGCCGAGCGGUACAAGUGCGACCGCGUGCGCGCAAAAUUCAACGCGCAACAAACGCGCUAUUUCGGGGACGUACCGGACAAUAAUACUCCGGAGCAGGCGUGCGUAGAUGGAUUAUAUUUGGGGAGCCUUGAUGCAUGUUCAUUUUCAGACUUGAAGCAGGAUCCGCAAGAAAUUGAGACUAUGAAGAAAUUGUUCAAGAGAUUGCCCUCGAGAGAGCGUUAUUCUUGUUCAAUUUCUCAUCAAGUUAAAACUUGUUUUUCACGUUUUAUUUAGAAAUCUCGUGCGCUUCCAUGGUAAUCCGACACUGCGGGUGUGUUAUCCGGAUACUGCGAAUCGCAUGUUUCGAACCGACCACCGAGAAUUUGUGCUAUGUAAGCGGCAUUCCGGAAUUCUUGGCACCACGGUAGUUAGGAACGCGUCUCCGCGAUAUUUCAUCAACCACAUCGACCACUCUUUUCUAUCCGUAGAUUGUCCCGAAUCGCAAAUUGUUUAUUUGUACACGAGAGACACGCGUGUUUUUGUGAGUUGCAUGACGAACCCAUCGGUUACGCACUCAUUAAACUGAGACACAGUCUUCGGAUGCAUCACAGCAAAUUGUUUUUAAACAGCAACGAAGGCUGUUCGUUUUCAAAAUAUUUUUGCGCGUGCGUGCAUUUCUCUGUCAAUAAAAUCGAAAGACUAUGGUAUAC